CUCAGAAGCAGAGCUGGAACGGCUGGGAUACCGAGCAGGGACUUGGGAGAGAGACAGACUUGCUUCUGCCUUUCUUCUUGGGCUUUUCUUUCCCUCUCCUCUCUCCUUAAUGAGCUGUUGAUGUCUAUCUCUUCCCCGGGAUGAGGAGGAGGAUGUGUCAGCGUGAAGACGUAACAAAGGAAGAGUAACACAGAAGCAACAAGGGGAGUCUUUGACAGAACGGGAGACGCUCCUUCUAAACAAAAGGGGCUCCAGUGUACAUGUGCAGCCAUGUGAGAGGAGCUGUGAGAGAGCAGAGGAUGUCCAGGUCCAGCUGAAACAGCCAGUCCCGCUCUCCGUCCUGCUCCCUUAUGAGGACGAGAAGAUGACGAUCACCAGCCGGCAGUCCUUCAAUGUCCUGACAGUGCUUUUCCUUCUGCUGUCCACAGCAGCCCUCUCUGCACAUUUCCGAGUGUGCGAACCCUACUCCGACCACAAGGGGCGUUACCACUUUGGCUUCCACUGCCCACGCCUCUCAGACAACAAGACCUACAUGUUCUGCUGUCACCAUAACAACACGGCCUUCAAGUACUGCUGCAACGAGACAGAGUUCCAGACAGUCAUGCAGAUCAACCUGACCACCACCUCAGAUGGCUAUGCUCACAAUAACUACACUGCUCUGGUAGGCGUUUGGAUCUAUGGGUUCUUCGUCAUGGUGCUGCUAGCCCUGGACUUCCUGUACUACUCGGCUAUGAACUAUGAGGUGUGCCGGGUCUACCUGGAGAAGUGGGGCCUGGGCGGACGCUGGCUGAAGAAAGCCAGGAACCAGUGGCAUCGGCCGGUACCAGAGGAGGAUGACAGCCUGGCCCUGGCCCAGGCCCAGCCCAUGGUACAGAGCCACCAUCAUCCCAGACACAGCCUGCGGGGAGAGAGCAACAGCCCCACGCUCCUGUCCUGCAACACGUCCACCGCCUGAGUGCUUUUGUGAGAAGACUGGCGAGAGGCAGCUGCUCGGCUGAGUUGACGACAGAGGAGAGCUCAAGCUCAGGCAGACUCUGGACUAUUGACUCAGCACUACAGUAAUGCUGGCUGAGCUGGACCUAGCGAACAGCAGCCCUGGACACUGACUUCAACACACCUAUCCUCUCAGUACCAGAUCAGGCCUACUGUUGGACCUACAGAGUCAGGUCUAUGAGGUCCUUUCAGCCUCUGCAGAAUACAGGCUGUGUGGAUCCGUAGAGGUCGAGCCCUACCACAACAAAUGACAGAAACAUUCAUCGAGGCACUAGAAACCUACAUUAUGGAGGGACACUUUGGAGCACCCAAAACAAAACCUGAACUUGAGGAGGCUAAAGAGGGCUCGCUAGAUAAAAAAAGAAAAGAAAAAACACCUUUCUUGAUAUCAAGUCUUGAUUACACUGCUGUGUUGGUUUGUAUUCUGUAGCCAUUAGAAGCAGUUGUGGGGUUUUAUCUAUUGGUGAUUUAUUGAUGUGAUUGUCAGGGAAUUCUGUGAGUUUGUGGUCAACAUUCUGAAUAAGUCACAGUGAAGAGUUGAUGCCAAGCAUCUCUUAUGUUUUGUGUACUGAAAACUUUGUCGAAGCCACAGACAUAGUGUUGUCUCUCUGUGCGCUUCUCAAAACUUGAUCUUCUUCUAGACUAUUGAUGACUGAGCACUAAUCCCUGCUCGACAAAGAUGCUGUGCUAAACACAGUCAUUUAGCCUACUGUUAUAGAUGAAGAAUGAAUGCCAUAAAACACAAAAGUAGGUCAACCGAAGGGCUCAUGUUGACUAUAGAGAGUUUUUCAAUUCAAACUAAAGCAAGAAUCAGGGACGCUUCAAUGACAGCCAACUGACUCCCCAUCCCCUGCCAGCUAAAAACGUUAUUUAAAAGUGUUUUUUUUAUCACAGGUAUUUCAACAUAAAAUAUAUAGUUCAAAUUGAUUUUAUGACCAAGGCAAAUUGAUCUUCAAUCCCAGUCCAGACCGGGGUGAGGCUUUAGCUCAGUCAGCAAUAAAAUGACAAUGUUAAUUUGGUUCAUGAUUAGAAAAUGUAUGAUUAGCCAUAAUAGAAAAUGUACAACCCAUAAACACACCUUUCUCUGUCAGCAAUAAUGUACAGCAUUCAGGGCCCUGAGGAGACCUCCACUAAAAUGAGCACACACUCUACAGUAGACUGAGUAACCAGUGAGGUGCAAAGGAAAUGCUCUCAGUAAGGGCACAUUUCACAGGAAGGUGAAGUCUAUGGAACAGACAUGUAUCAGGAUAAUGAACAUCAACAUUCCAUUGAAUAUUGAUGCCCUCCUGCUGCCAGCGAGCUUUGCUAUGAGAGAGGAACAAAAUAAUCCCAUUAAACGCACACACAAAAUGUCACACAAUUGUGAGUUAAUCCUGCUUAGUUCCUCUGAGUUCGUAAGUUCCUUAGUUCCUAACUAAUGGCUGAUCUAUUUCCUGAUUGAUCAAUAAAGUGAAGUUUUUUUCCCAAGGAACACAGGAAGCAUCUGCUCGUGCCAGACUGCAUGUGGGAUGGAACAUAAUAGGCGGCGACCGAGCCAGGCAGCCCUGUCUAUCUCCCACUACAGUGGAUAGACAGAGGGGGGGGGUGCUUCAACCCAAUUCUGCGUCUGUAACCUGCAGUCUGGCACUGCACAGAAUUACACAAAGAGAGUUCCUGACCAGGCGAGCAGACUACAGAGUCCCUGGUGGGGUACAAAGUGGCCAUAAUUGGUUACUGGGUCCAACAUACAACCCUGGAGCAGAGAGAUGAGAGUAUCUUCACUUACCAAAACAAAAUGACAAGACAGAAGAGAAUAUAAAUGGGGUGGCCAUUAUAUCCUGUUUCAACAGGAGUCAGCAGACUGGACAGAGUCAGUGUGACUACUACAUUUGCUCUUACAACAAUGGGGAUUCUGGCCUGCUAAUCUUUCGUUAGCAAUAACGUUCAAAUUGGCAAGUCAGAGCAAGUUAACUUCAAUGCGCAUUUUUAAUUGCAAGUGUUCUGCCAUCACAACCAGAGUAGAUAUAAAGUGUGCCCAACUCGGAUAUAAUUGGCCUGGAGAGCAGCCUUGGAACUCUCUCUCUCCCCUCCUCUCUCCCUCUCUCUCUCCUUCCUCUCUCUCUCUUCUUUCUCCCAUCUCUCAAUCUCUCCCCCCUUCCUCUCUCUCUCCUUCCUCUCUCUCUCCUUCCUCUCCCUCUUCUUUCCUUCUUUUUCCCGUCUCCCUCUCUCUCCUUCCUCUGUCUCUCUUCUCUCUUUCUCCCGUCUCUCUCCCCCAAAGUGAGGGGCAGCAGCAAGCCAGGAGGAACACGAAUUUUAAACAGCUGCAGCUCUACAAAGGGAUUUAAUUGGGCCUCAAAGCAGGGGAAACUGCACAGAUCGGAUAUGGUAGGAAACACACAUCGUCUCAGCAGCCUUACUGCUGCAACCCUUCUGACACUGAAACAGGCUACAUGGCUAGCAGGGAGAUCCCCCUUCAACAACAAUAUGGAGGCUAGCCUAGCAGUGAGUCCCACCAAAAGAGCCCCUUCUCUCAUCUCCUCAAAGUGUCAGUCAGUGCCAAGCACCCAUCUCAUUCUGUCCCCUUAACACGAGAGGAAUCCCAGAGAUCAUUUUUCUCAAAGUGUGGUGUGAUUGUUGUCUCUUUUAGUGAAUUUCAACUUUUGACAUUGUAAAUGUAUUUGUAAUCCUUACCUUGUGGUAAGGAUCAGUCCCCAUGUCUGUUUUGGUCUUCAGGUUGUCAUGGUAAUAGUUGCCUUACAGUGAAAUAUCCACCUGUACACAAAUAAAGCUUGGUGAUUGGUACAUGGUGUGGUGGUGAUGAAUUUUAUGACGAUGAUGAUAAUGUAGAAACGCAUUACGUUCUGUCUAUGUAGAACAACUAGAUAGAAUGUACAGUGCAGUUUUUUGGGUUGAAUUGUUCUUGCACAUGUUGACUUUGUAUUGUUACAACAGGGAGAAAUAAAGUUUUAUCUUUUCCAGUGUGUUUAAAGUCCUGUAUGUGCUCUGUCUUUUUAUUGUGAAAUGGUUAAAAAGAAAACGGAGAAACCUUGGACACUUCUAAGCCCAGCACAUAAAAACACCAUGGACCUUCUGAAUUACAGUUCGUCCUGGACCUCACUUUGAUGAGAGACGCGCAAGGAUCCAGACACUGUCAGACAAGCCAGUCUAAAGACUAGGAAGGGAAUCACCUGCCAAGAAACCAUUUCAAAGUCUGCUUCAUUCAAAGGAGACAUUGAGGUUUGUCUUCGAAGUUUCUCACAAGCUCUCUCUCCAAAUCCUACACCGUUCUAUCCAUCCCUUUUCAGAAUGUAUUUCUCGGAAACAGUUGCAUCAUCCAUAGAGGAGGGGAGACAUGGAGAUGAUAAAGAAGAAUAAUUUGAAGAUAAUUACUGCCAUUCAUCACUAUGGAGAAGCCAUUGCCUGGGUAUCCAUCUCCAGCCAUUACAGCAAGCAGGAGGAGAAUUCACCCUGCUAGCAUUCACCUAUUAAAAACUCAUUCCAGUCCUCAUCUCUAUGUGGCUUCAUGCCCUGGCCCACACAGGCCUCAGACCCAAGGUUAAGCUCUGUCUGUAGCAUUACAGACACAUUAAGUGUUUUUUAAUGUUGUCGUUAGAUGAUUUGCCUUAACAUAUUGUACUGAAGCCCCUAAGAAUGCCCCACUCUCAACACCAUUACGCUGCCAUUUAAGAUCACAUUCAGAUAGCAACAUGGCCUUAAACUCAGCACGCAAAGCCAAGUUCAGAAAGAGAACCACAACAGCAGAAACUGCCAGUUGGCUAGUUAUUCGUGUCUUCAGAGUGGAUGUGUUUGCUCGUGAGAGUUGAAGAAGGUCAGGAUAACAAUGUCUGUCAUGACCAAACACAUCCUCUCUGACGACACUUGAAGAACCCGCUAGCCGGUAGUUUCUGAGAGGUCCUUCUCCUGCGCCGUUGGACCUUUGACAUCAGCUCUAGACUGAGGGUAAGAGAGGAGGAAAGUGAGGAGGAAACUCGGAUUGUGAACA